UGUGUGUACGUAUGUGUGUGUGUCUGAGGCGUUUCUGGAUUGGAGAUGCAGAAAGAAAGGGCAGUUUCGAGGAAGUGACGGACGAGGCUCAGGGGACUGGUCAGAGGAAGUUUGCUCGGUGGUGGUACCGUGCUGCUGAACCAAACUUUUCCCCCCUGAGCAGCAGCGGCACCGUGGACCGGGACCAGGCGACGGAGGGAGCUUUUGUUUCCUCUCCACACGAGAAGCAGCAGCAGCGCUCAGGAAUAACUUGAGGUCGGGACCAAAAACGGGGAUCGCAGAGGAAUUUCACUCCCGCAACCCAAACCCCCAUUUCUCCUCUCCUCUCCUCCCCGCCGCCUCCUCUGAUUUUUUUCCCCGGGAUCCGCGAUGGGGAAGGAGCAGGAACUUCUUGAAGCGGCGCGGACGGGAAACCUGGCCGCCGUGGAGAAGCUUUUAUCGGGGAAGCGACAGUCCGCUGGCACCGGCGGCGGAUCGUCUGGGACCGGGGGAAGCGGCAACAGCGGCGGGCACGGCGCCUCCUCUCACACGCUCUCCAGCCUGCUCAGCAUCUGGAGAGGCCCCAAUGUGAACUGUGUGGACAGCACUGGAUACUCCCCUCUCCACCACGCUGCCCUAAAUGGACACAGCGAGGUGGUGGAGGCACUGCUACGAAACGAGGCCUUGACCAACAUCGCCGACAACAAGGGCUGCUACCCUCUCCACCUGGCUGCGUGGAAGGGGGACGAACAUAUCGUCAAACUGCUCAUUCACCAAGGACCCUCGCACCCCAAACUCAACGAGCAGAGCUCUGUAGACCAUAAAGAGUUCAAACGCUGUGGGCCCUUUGACCCCUAUAUUAAUGCCAAGAACAAUGACAACGAGACGCCGCUGCACUGUGCCGCCCAGUACGGCCACUCCCAGGUGGUGCGGCUGCUGCUGGAGGAGCUGACAGACCCCACCAUGAGGAACAACAAGUUUGAGACUCCACUGGACCUGGCUGCACUGUACGGCCGCCUGGAGGUCGUCAAGCUUCUGCUUAGCGCCCACCCCAACCUGCUUAGCUGUAACACCAAGAAACACACGCCGCUGCAUCUGGCCUCUCGGAACGGACACCUGUCUGUGGUGGAGGUGCUGCUGGACGCCGGCAUGGACAUCAACUAUGAGACGGAGAAAGGCAGCGCCCUCCAUGAAGCAGCCUUGUUUGGGAAGACGGAUGUUGUACAGAAACUUCUUAGUGCAGGUAUCGAUGUGAACAUUGUGGACCAGAAGGGUCUGACAGCGCUGGACACUGUCAAGGACAUGCCCUCACAGAAGAGCAGAGAGAUCGCUGCUCUCAUCUUAGGUCACAUGACUGGAAAACCCCCUGACAUUGACCUUCCCCCUCCACCAGUCCCUCCACCUCUGGAGAGCCCAAGCCCGCGGAAAAAGGGGGAUCUGGAGAAGGUGAGUGAGCUGAUCUCAGGGCUGGCCCCGGGGCCUGAGGAGGAGAGCCCGUACGAGGCUCUGUUUGAAGCCACCUCUUGCCACUCUCUGGACAGCCUCACCAGCGGCAAGUCCUCCGACAGGGACUCUGGACGGCCAGAUAGUGAAGCCGGCAAGAAAGAUCGCAUGGUGCACCCAUCACAUCCUGGCCCUGGCCAUGACGAAGAGGUGAGCUCAGAGGCCCUGUAUACUAAUAGCAGUAUUGAUGAGAGAGGUGAGCCUGCGGAGGAGGAGGAGGAUCACACGUAUGAAUUGUUGCUGACUGCACAGACCAAACACCCGCCACCCAGCCAGGAGUCCCAAUCUAAUAAAGAUGAGAACACCACGAUACAGUCUUCCAACAGUGUCCUACCUCAGCGUAAACCCACUGCCCCGAACGACCUCAGAGCCCCAAGCAAGACGAAAGACACCCUGCACCCUCACUCACGGGCACCAGGAGAUAACUCCCAGCUCGGCCAGGAUCAGGGAGCAGGUGUCCCGGAGCAGUUUACUGGCCUCCUGCACGGAUCCUCCCCAGUCUUCGACAGCCGUGAGGAGCCCUUCAGGCUUCCAGGUGUUCUGCCAUCCAACCAGCCAGAAUCAAGAAAACCCGCCAAAGUAAAAGAGGAAGUAGCAGCUGCUGCGCCGCCACCAAGCCGUCCCAGUAUGGCCGCCAUCCUGACAGACUGUGACCCAAAAGCAAUUUAUGCAACUGUGAACAAGGAGCCCAGGGACUCAGGGGCCGGGGCUGCAGUGAGGAUGCGGCCUCCUGGGGACCUGAAGUUGGCACGCAGUCUCUCCAAGUCUGACUCAGACCUGCUGGUGUCGCCCCCGAGUGAGGAGGACGGAGGACUGGGGAACCGCAGCGAGUCUGUUUCUAACUGUAGCACUGGAAAGAAGAGGCUGGAGAAAUCUCCUUCUUUCACUUCAGAAUGGGACGAGCAGACACCGACGACUUCUCCCACCUCAAAACAACGAAGAUCUAAAUCUGAUGACCAUAUCGAGAAGAUCAUGACGCUGAUUGGUGCUGGCAUCGAUUUUUCCAGAGAUCAGCAAUAUGCUACACCAGCAGGUGCUGCCGGCCGGCUGCUGGACCAGCCUGUGGGCGACUGGCUGGAGCACGUGGGGCUGCCGCAGUACGAGAGCAAACUACUCCUGAACGGUUUCGAUGACCUGCACUACAUGGGGAGCAAUGUAAUGGAGGACCAGGACCUGAGAGAGAUCGGGAUCACAGACCCAAGCCACAGAAAGAAGAUCCUUCAUGCAGCGCGCUCGUUACCAAAGGUGAAAGCUCUGGGCUGUGACGGCAGCAGCUCGCUCUCCUCUUGGCUGGAGAAUCUCGGCCUGCACGAGUACUUACACAACUUCCUGGCCAGCGGCUACCGCACUCUGGACUGUGUCAAAAACCUGUGGGAACUGGAGAUUGUCAAUGUGCUAAAGAUCUCCCUACUUGGUCACAGGAAACGCAUCAUUGCUUCCUUAGCGGAGAGGCCCUACGAGGAACCUCCAGUCAAGCCUCCUCGUUUGUCUCAGAUCAGGUGCCAGGACCUGCCCGGAUCCCAGACGUCGUCCCCCCUCAGUCAGAUGGAGUCCUACUCAGGGCGCUCCAUGGACCCUCUGCUGCCAGUCGGAGAGCCAGGGAGAAAAAAAGUGCCAGAUACUGACUAUGACGUUACCCAAAGAUAUCGCAGUGAGCGGCUCAGAACACAAGAACGGUACGACGAACGACAUCGAGAGCCCCGUCUGACCCUGCGACCGCCGAGUCUGGCAGCACCGUACGCCCCGGUCCAGAACUGGCAGCAUCAACCUGAGAAGCUCAUCUUUGAAUCCUGCGCCUACGAAGCUAGUUACCUCGGUUCCAUGCUUAUUAAGGAUCUACGAGGUACUGAGUCCACGCAGGAUGCCUGUGCCAAAAUGCGGAGGUCGACGGAACAAAUGAGAAAAGUCCCAACCAUCGUGCUUUCCAUCACAUAUAAGGGGGUGAAGUUCAUCGAUGCAGCCAAUAAGAACAUCAUCGCGGAGCAUGAGAUUCGUAAUAUUUCAUGUGCAGCCCAGGACCCAGAGGACCUGUGCACAUUUGCCUACAUCACCAAGGACCUGCAGACCAGCCACCACUACUGCCAUGUGUUCAGCACAGUAGAUGUGAACCUGACCUAUGAGAUUAUACUAACGCUCGGCCAGGCUUUUGAAGUCGCCUAUCAGCUGGCUCUGCAGGCCCAGAGGACCAAACAGCAGCAGAACCUCCCAGUGGGACCCGGUUCUGAGGUUAUUGAGACCAAGGCCAGCAGACCGGUACCCAGACCACGAGGCAGCAUACGGAAGUCAGCGGGGGACAUUGUGGAGCAGGAGGGGGAUUCUCAGUCCCAGGGCAGCGCCACGUGGCUCGUGGACCCCAAGGAAUCCAAGCGCACUAUCAGCACUAAGUACGAGACCACCAUUUUCUGAGUGGACCCCCUCUUCCUUCUGACCUCUGGGCCUGGUCUCACCCCUCUUCCUCCCCCUCCUUCUGUGUGCCUUUCACUGUGACUCUGCCUCCCUCUCUGGGCUGGACUCCUGCUGCCCUCCCCCGUCUCCCCUCAGCCAUCACUUGCGUCCCCACCCGACGAAAACAGUCUGCGAGUGCUUUGCUCCUUCCUUAUGCUAAACCACCACCUUUACUGAUUAUCAGUGCAACCUUUCCGCUUUAUCAACCCUCCUUCUAGCUGACACCAGCCUGCCACUCACCCUCACUCUUCUUCUCCUCUCUGUGUACCUUGUAUGCUUCCUGUGCACAAUGCUUCCUUUUUCUUCCCCUCGUCAACAUCCCACUAUUGACUCUUGGUGAUAAGCUCUUUUUUUUUUUCUCGGUGCUUUUCCUGCUUCAUUAGGCGACGGCCACUCUGAGGCUUUUCAAUCUUUCAACUUCUCCGAGCGCUGAGAAAAUGUGAUUUUACACCAACCAAGAGUGACGCUCUGCACACAUCCUGUACCUGGAUGGACAUGUUUCCUGAGGAAACUGACCUGUUACUCUAAGCGUCAGUUGGACUUUAGCAGACUGGAGGUCGUGGUGUUAUUGAGGUUACACAGGAUUAAGUAAGGGGGAUAUUUUUCACUGUCAGCGGUCUGCUCCAAGCCAAAGGAGGCUGAGAUCCUAGCACUGUGAUAAGAUCCUUUAUGGAGCUAAUAAAGUAAGCAUUUUGGGGGAUUUUCUAGUGGGGGAAUUAGGGGAACAGAUAGGGCAUAGAAGCUGAUGCGGACCCGCAUGUUAGUGGUCUGCGCUGCUCCAGAAAAUAGACAAGCUGUCUUGAGACUGGCAUGCCCUCGUCUGUCUAUCAAUCAAAGCGCCAGGCUUGAAACCUGAUGCUUCCUCUGGAGUGAACUAACUAAAACUAAGCACUUUUACCAAAACCCCAAGUGUGUGAGAAUAAGUGCAUCUUCCUCUGUCCUGUCUCAGUGUUUCCCACAGAUUCAGGGUGUAUGUGUGGCAAUUUUUUUUCUUUUAAAUGCUUGUGUCCCCUUGUAUCAUUUAGUGUCCUCUCUCUAAAUUACGAGGUUCUUGCGAUGUAGCAAACCUAUAUUUUAGCCGGAUGGAUAAUUGAUGUGUCAAUCCUUUUAGAGCUGAUCAGAUCGACAGAUGAGAGGAGCAGCUGCUGCAAGUAAAUGCAAAGUUUUAGACCCAGAAAAAAGGACAGAUUAAGUUUCACUUUAAGCACGCCUGAUGCUCUGCCGCUCCGUCUGCUACCACAUUAAGCUCUGUGUUUUGAGAGUGUGGUGCAAUAAAUCAGCGGUUUCCAACUGAUCCAGUCACGGGGUCCAGAUUUCUUAGUCUUUAGUCUCUUAGUUCUUUAGUCCACUCGUUAUAAAUUGCCACAUAUUCAGUUUUAUUUCACAAAUAGUAAACAGUACCUUGUCUGAGAACACAGAUAAAUUAAACGUAUUCAAAAAAAGAUACAACAUAAAACAUAUAAGAAUAAACAGUAGCUGCAUUUCAAAACAAAAGCUCUGUGCUGGAAAUUCACUCUACUUCAAAAUAAAGUGUUCUUUACAAGGGCUGCUCCUUGAAAGUCAGAGACUCGAAUCAGUCGACAGAGAUUCAGUCCAGCAGUCGUUUUUUUCUGUGCAGGGACCAAAAAGUCCCCAGAUUUUGCUGCAGAGUGAGUGCUCUUGACUUUUGUGAUGCUCUUUGCAGCUGCAGACAUACAGGCAGUGGCACAGAGGACCAGAGAGACUGCACUGUAAGGUGGUAAAUUUACAGCUUACAUCAAGUUAAUAUAAUGCAGUCUCUGGCUUUUGUUGGUGUCUAGUGUGGGCAUAAAACCUUGUUGUGCAUUUGUGAUCCGCUGUGAGCACUGUUAGCUUGUUUACUAUAUUACGUGAAUGCAACAGUCACACUGAAUGUCCCACAGAGCCCACUCAGACUAUAAAACUUUGUAUGGAAACAAAACGAAUCAUCAAAUAUCCAUGUUGCAUAGCCAAAUCUGAUCCGACUGGCAUAAUAAGUCACUUGCGAUUCAUUCCAGCUCAAAAAAUAGAAAAUCUAUUGGUGUAGCAGAUGCUUUAAUCGUGUCGGGCCACACAAACAAAUGAAUGUGUGUGAAACCCAGUUUCUUUUUUUCUUCUGUUCACAACAAAUGCCUUCUAUGUUCAUCCUGUCAGCAAUGCCUUUUGUUUUCACCAAUAGGUUAAUAAUUCACUGGUGAAAAGAGUUAAUCAUUAUAAAGGGGGAGGGGGGUGAUCCGUCGCCAUCACGCUGUUUGUGUCCAUUAGUUAUUUUUUACUUUAUUUUAACCUCGCUGCUUUGUGUGCAUGUGUCUGUGUCCCUUCCCCAUAUAGCUGAACACUGUGGCCAAUCCCAGCCAGUAGGAAAGGACAGGAAUGAGCCCUGUUGCAUGGUGGGUAAAGUGUUUUUGUUGGAAAGGCGACCCACUUCAUCACAUCAGCAGGUGGAUCAAGCUCGCCACAGUAACACACGAGGCCUGGAGACAAACAGACGUAAUGCUCAUCAGAUCAUCUGACCUCACAGAGUUCAUCAUGCACGCACGCACGCACGCACACGCACACGCACACACACACACACACACUCACACACACACGCUCACACACACACGCUCACAAUGCUCCAUUUCGCUUCCUGUCUGUCAGAAAGUGACAGUCAGAUGUUUUUGUUAUGCUUUUUGCAUUUCCUCUUGACACUCAUCAGGCCUCCCUCGUACAGGGUUUGUGUUUACUUUUAGAGGAAAUGUACUCACGGUGUCGCAAUGCAGAACUUGCAGUUAAAGGGGAAGUGGCUCAGAUAAGGAACAUUAUUAUUUUUGUUAUGAUACAAAGGUACAAACUAUCAGACGGAGACCUCACACUGUAGGUACACACUCUCUUCUGGAUCAUUCGUCCGGUAUCCACACAUUGUAGCGUCUCGUCAUGACCUUCAUCUGCAACAUAACUGUGAUAAAUAAUCUUGCACGGGAGGAACUCUCUAACCAAAGGGCAGAGGAACUGACACUACAAAGACUGUUUUAUAAAAUAAUAAUAAUAAUUAUAAUAUAACAGGGGGUGGCUUUUAUUUGAUUUGAACGUUUUUUUCUGUAUGUUUUAAUUGUUUUAUUGGACAAUGAUGCGUCCUAAUGCUGGAACUGGAUCAGGUGUGGCUCACUUCUCCUUCCCUGCUCCUUUUGUUUGGUUAAUCUUGGCCAGAUUAUUCACCAAACCUGCCAUGCAGGCUGGUACGUGUUUAGAUUUUAGCUGCAGCACAGAACAAUAGGCAUGUUUCUCCUAGCUAACUCCCAGUAUGUUGACUGUUAAUGGUACUUUCUGGUCAGCCGAUGUGUAUAUGGGUACAUUUAGUCAGGUCGUUUUGAUUUAACUGUUGUAUAUGUGGUACGCUGUCAGGCCAGUGCGAUAGCUCCGUGGUACACUGUCGUCUGCGCCUUCGUCCAUCAGCCUGGUCCCGUUCUGCUUUUGCACAUUUUUAAGGGUCAGGAGAGAUAUUUAGGGACUAAUCUGAUGACGACAAUGAUGAGAAUGAAAUUGUACACGAAUCUAGCGGUCUGUAUUUUGAUACUUGAAUGAUUUUUGCUUUUAUAGAUAUCUAUAUAUAUAUAUGUAUAUGUAUGUAUGUAAUUUUUGACGUUUGUCAAAAGAGAGAAAAGGACUAUGUCUUAUAAAGUUAAACAUAUCGUGAAUAAAUACCCUGUGAUUAAAAAAAAAAGGCUGAGAAAACAAUGACUCAGAAGAGGGACCUCACUUCAGAAAAAAAGAUUGUACAUAAUCUUGGGCUUCCAGUCUUUUUUAUGAUUAUUUUUCAUAAUUGUACAACUAAUAAAUGGCGCAAUUAGAAA